AAAGGAAACUACAGCAGCAACUUCACUUUUAGCUGUUAGCAUGUUUGUUUUGAGAUCAUCGCUCCACAACACUCUACUCAGGAGUUGACUUUGGCUUUUCUGGACAUUGGCUAAUGGAAUACCGUCGUAACACCCAUGUUGUUGACACUUUUUACUUCAAAACCUGACUUUUUCUGUACUGUUGCAGAUUAGCAUGCUACUAAUAGCGCUGGACGCUGCUCCUAAAUUGGCUAAUAACGUGAGAAAAACGGAGAUCACUUUUAACUGUAUGUACUGUACGAUUUUUAAUCCCGCGUAGCUCACAGCAUAUUUAGAGCAGAUUUGCUUUAGCAGCAGAAACCAUCAUGUCCAAUCAACUAACAGCAGAGCAGCAGAGAAGAAUCGAGGAGAACAGGCGCAAAGCUUUAGAGAGGAGAGCGCAAAGACGCGGACAAACUGCGCCUAUAGUCAGACCUGCCACCGCCAGCGCGUCAUCGGUGCAGAGCUUUCAGUCUCACAAGCCAAAUGCAGCUCCCGUCGGUGUUAUUGAGCCUACAGUGCCUCUUUCUCGCCCAAAUCGGUUUGUCCCUCCUUUUAAAACGGUCCACAACAGUAACACCAACGUCCAUGUACCUGACUUAUCAUCUGGCACAACCACACAAAGCAGUCGCAGUAUGUCCACUGCACCUCCUCCUAGAAAGAUACAAAUCAUUGAUGUGCAGCCUCAGAAUAAAGGUCAACAUGUUAGCAGCCCUGUCUUGUCCACUGGAGGCCUGGCUGUGAAACCGCUACAUGCACAAUCUAAUGUUCCCUCCAGCAUCUCUGAAGGUUCAGCGAGCUCUUUUUAUAAACCACCCAAUAAAUCUUCCACAAAUCCUGUGGCACGGCCUGCUCCAGGCUCCUCUGCUGUAAACCCUGCACCUGCGAAGAGACCUGCGAUCUCUGUGAGAGGCAAGUGUGUGCCUCACACUGAGGGCCGCUUCAGAGUGGAGGUGGGAUUUCAUGCAGCACUAAUAGCUGUCUUUAAAUCCAUCCCUUCUAGAAAUUUUGACCCAGCUACAAAAAUGUGGAACUUCAGUCUUGAAGAUUAUCAGCAUCUAAUGCGUGAUGUAGCGUCCCUCUCCUCCGUGUCUCUGGGGCCUCUUGAGGGGAUGGAGAUGCUGGACACUGAAGUCUCGAGUCGCGCUCGAGACGGAGCGGCUCUGGAGGCUCUACUGAAGCUGUGCAGCGGGUGGCAGAAACCCAGAGCCACUUUACAGGGCCAGUGUGUCCUUGUGUCUCCAUCCAAGUUUGAGGUGGACAUUGGUUACCAUGUGGAUGUGAUUGCUGCUUUUAAGCAAAUGCCAACCAAGAGCUAUGACAUGACAACAAGAAAAUGGAGCUUCUCGCUCGAGGAUUACAAACCACUGAUGGACCUCCUGAGUGGGAUAGCAGCCGUGGAGGUGGAGCCUCUUCCCAGGGCAAUAAUCCAGGCUUUCUCUGCCAGGUUCGAAGGGCCUCAGGCCAGGUCUGUAGCAGUCCCUGAGGCAGACCUUUCCAACAUCGACCCCACACUCACCACAAGCCUUAUGCCCUUUCAGAGGCUGGGAGUCAAUUUUGCAGUGUCCAAAGAGGGUCGGCUUCUCCUGGCUGAUGACAUGGGUUUGGGGAAGACCGUACAGGCCAUUUGUAUAGCUGCUUACUAUAAAAGUGAAUGGCCUUUACUGGUGGUGGCUCCUUCUUCAGUCCGAUUUACAUGGGCCGAGGCCUUCAAGCGCUGGCUGCCCUCCCUGAGGCCUGAGAGCAUUAAUGUGGUGGUAAAAGCCAAAGACGACGUCCGCUCUGGUUUAGUCAACAUCAUCAGUUAUGACCUCCUGAGCCGAAUAGACAAACAGAAUCCUGGAAACCCCUUUAAAGUUCUCAUCAUGGAUGAAUCCCAUUUUCUAAAGAACAUAAAGACUGCCCGUUGUAAAGCGGCUCUUCCACUUCUAAAGGCAGCAAAGAGAGUGGUUCUUCUGUCUGGGACCCCGGCCAUGUCCAGGCCUGCGGAGCUUUACACUCAGAUCCUGGCUGUCAGACCCACACUUUUCCCACGCUUUCACGACUUUGGCCUGAGAUACUGUGAUGCCAAACAGAUGAACUGGGGCUGGGACUACUCAGGCUCAUCUAAUCUGGGUGAGCUAAAGCUGCUGCUGGAAGAGUGUCUGAUGCUACGGCGCCUCAAGUCAGAAGUCCUGUCGCAGCUUCCUUCCAAACAGAGAAAGGUGGUGACAAUUACCAUCGACGGAAUCAGCACCAGAACCAAAGCUGCUCUGUCUGCUGCUGCCAAGGAGCUGGCAAAGGGACACCGCAAUAAAAUAGAGGAGAAGGAAGCACUGCUGGUUUUCUAUAACUACACAGCUGAAGCCAAGUUACAAGCCAUCAUGGAGUACAUCACAGACAUGCUCGAAUGUGGAAGGGAGAAGUUUUUGGUUUUUGCGCAUCACAAGUUGGUCCUGGAUCAUAUCACUUCAGAACUGACAAAAAAGAACGUGAGUUUGAUCCGUAUUGAUGGGACCACUCCUUCAGCCGAACGCCAGCUGCUGUGUGAGAAGUUUCAGCACUCCACUAAGCCCUAUGUGGCGGUGCUGUCUAUCACCGCCGCCAACAUGGGUCUGACUUUACACGCUGCUGACCUGGUUAUCUUCGCUGAGCUCUUCUGGAACCCUGGGGUCCUCAUUCAGGCAGAGGACAGGGUGCAUCGAAUUGGACAAACCUGCAAUGUGAACAUCCACUACCUGGUUGCCAAGGGAACAGCUGAUGACCACCUUUGGCCGCUUAUCCAGGAGAAAAUGAACGUCUUGGAGCAGGUCGGUCUGUCUGAGUCAAAUCUCUCAGAAAAUGCAAUCAACUCCAGCUUCCACUCAAAGGACCCAAAUCAGAGGAGCAUCAUGGACAUGUUUCAGAGAUCAUUCACAGAUGAAGAUGCCAUAGAUGAAGCUCUCUUGUUAGAAGCUGCAAACGAAUGGGACGACACCUCCACAUCUGCUGACAAAAACACAAGCAGCAAUCCUAAUCUGGUAACACAAAACACAACCAAAUGAAGCAUUGGGGACUAUUUCAAGCGAUAACAAAACCCGGAAUAAAUGUAAAUGAGUAUAUACAGCUGAAAGUUAUAUUUUAUUCCCCCAUGAUGUCCAAAUAUCAUGACUGAAGUUGUGUUGUAAAAAUGAAUAGAUGUAAAGUGAUACGUUAAUAAAAAGGAUUUCUUUUACAAAGCAGAUAUAAAUCCCUGACUCCAGAGGCUGUCUAUCCAUGAAUUAUUAAUACUCCCCAGCAGAGAGGCAUACAGCAUGUGGUCACGGGGCAUUCCAACCACCACAAAUCUAUGAAGUGUAUUUUAUUACCACAUUUACUGCACAAUCUGGUUGUUGUUUCUGUUUUGUCAGAGGAUGCUAGUGUACAGAUAUGUCUUGCCGUUUGUUUCAUUGGUCUGGGUCGUCACUUUCUUGUGUUUCGGUCUCUGUGCUGUAGAGAUGCAGAUCAGGGGGGAGACCUGUGGGCAAAAAAGUGAAAAUACAAGAAUUAUACAAGCAGUGAUGGGAAGAAUACUACUGAAAAUGUAGUUACAGAAUACUGAAUACCCAAAUUAAAAUGUAUUUUGUUAUCUAUUCCG